AUGGUCAUCCAGGGAUCAUGCGAGGACAAGCUACCGGCACUUUGUUAUUCGACUCCGACCGCGACAACUGAUCUCGACCGCACUGUGAGAAACACGACGAAGCUGACACUUGCAUCCGAUAACUAUAUCCUUGCUGGGUAUCGCAAUGCACAGUCCUUCCGCUUCCUCGGUAUAGCAUUUGCCAAUCCCCCGCUAAUGCGCUUGCGUUUUGCACCGCUGCAGACCUAUUCGGGUCCGAACAAGGUCGAUGUAACCAAAAUGGCAGACUCAUGA